AUGGGCAACGCGCGGAGACAGCAUACCAAGUCUCGUCUUGGUUGCCAAACGUGCAAAAGGCGAAAAAUCAAGUGUGACGAGGUCAAACCUCAAUGCGGGAACUGCUCUCGAUUCAGCGUCCCUUGUGACUUUUCUGCAAUUCCUGCGCAGGCAACCAGUUCGGCUCCCAAGUCAGCUCGUCGAGGCCGGCCUCGAUCCGACUGGGCGAGUUGGGCCGAGCAGCUUCGUCUGAGCUCUGCUGCUUCCGCCCCAGGAACAUGUACAUGUUCAGCGAAGCGGCUUGAUGUUGACAGCUUGGAGCUAUUCCAUAACUUCAUGACUACUACUGCGCAAACAUUGGGCGACAAUACCAAGCUCUGGUCCGAAGGGGUGCCUCAGCUUGGCUUUCAGCAUCCUUGCAUCCUUGAUCUUAUGCUGGCCUUGUCAUCUUACCAGCUUGCUAGACUGAAGCCGCACAACGAGCCAAGAUAUCUGGAGCUUGCUGAGAAGCACUCGACCUUUGCUCUACAAGGAGCAACCGAGUUCCUCAAACGCCUAGAUAGCGAGACUUCAGCACCACUUUACGUCAUUGCCGUUCUCAUAUGCUUCACAGCCUUGGCUAAAGGACCUACUCCGGGCCAUUUGCUUCUGGUUGCCGAGCAUGGACAAGUCUCGUGGCUGUCAUUGCUCGGUGGCGUGAAAUUCGUCGUUUCCACGUCGGGGUGGCCAUCCAUCUUCUCCGGUGCGCUGGCCGACUAUGAGCCUCAGCCGGAGAAGGAGAAACAACAGGAGGAGUCGCCCCUGUCAGAACCCUUGGUGACUGGCGUUGAAGACUGGCGCUUGUCCUUGAACGACAUUUCAGACCUGAUAGCCGUCGUUGGAGUGCAGCAAGUUAGGAAUGCUUACGAACGCGAGAUGGAGGUAUUGUUAAGCUGUUUUGAGUCAACCUUUGGUAAGGGCCGAGAUUCCCGGCGAACCGUCAAAGGCACGAUGCAGGCUGUCAUGGCCUGGGUCUACCAGCUGAAUGAUGUAUUCAUUGAGCAGUUGGAAAAUAAAGACCCCAUUGCCUUGAUUAUCUUGGGUCACUUCUGCGUCUUGUUCAGCACCAUUGAACGGUAUUGGUUCAUUCAAGGAUGGGCGCGGCACACCAUACAAGAAAUCCUUCACAUCUCGGAGGCAUGUCGCAGAUGGCUUUCCUGGCCAAUCCAAUACUUGGAAUGA